AUGGUGCGGGUGUGGUCGAACCAAUCGCCGGCGGCCUAUCAAGAAGCGCAGAUAAUUGGCGCCUUGAGAGCAUCGCCGGAGCAUUUGGAGAACGAUUUCCCCAAUCCAGAUUCCUACAGUUUCAUGGCGCGAGAAUUAGAGACGCGUGUGGGGCCAUGCCCUUCGGAAGUUGUUGACACCUGGAAUCAAAGGGGAGGCUCCGGUACUCCAUCGCCAGUUUGGGUCUGGCUUCAAUACAAAAGCCGUGAGAAGCCUGCGUACGAGCCGAAUGCAGGCUUAUGUGGAAGACGGACGAUUUGCAUCGAGGCAGAGAUCAGUCGAGCGGAUGUCCUUGGCAGUCAGUUUGGAGCUUUCCACCAUGUCUUGAACGAUUGGAUGCUAGCUGUCACCGAGGAAGAAGAUGACGAAUUCAAGAAGCUGAAAGACACAGAGCCGGAACGCUGGCGAGAGCUGAAAGUGCAAUCCUGGCAGCACAUCUUUGACUUAGACUGGCACGGAGAGGAAUACAACCUUCAAAGAGCAGAGAAUGCCCAGAUCCAAGGCGUGCUGUGGCAGCUCCCCAUGACUGCUGUAGAACGUGCACGUCGCAUCAUCGAGAUCGGACAGUCGCGUGGAACCGAGGGGGCCGAGGUGGACUACUCAGGCGUGACUGUGGGGGAAGACGUGCAGCUCCGAGCAGAGUGGAUCUCGGUUCGCGGCUACAACCCACCCCUUCACUUGCGUGUCACCGUCACUUCUGUGACAAGCAGCGGUCUUGCUGAAGCGCUGGGUGUUUGUGAAGGGUGGACCGUUGCGUGCAUUCUGACCGCAGUAGACGAUGAGGACCCCUUGCCAUUGCUCGAGAAGCAGGACGGCAUCCAUGUGUCUGACAAGAUCUAUCCUAAGAAACAACCUCCACCAGCAGCCGAGCUACUGAAGCAAUUGCAGGGACUGCGAGGAGUGCAAGUCUUCUUCGAGGGUUUGUCGGAUUCGGAUUCGGAUCGAGAGAUCUACGACGAGGCCCAGCAGACACCGGAGAUACACCAAUCUGAGAGCUCCAGCGACUGA